AUGUUGAAGCCCGUGUGUCCCGGGAAGGCGGACCCGGGUCUCCCGCCCCCGUCCCUAAACCUUGCCGGCCCCAACCCCAACCCCAGCCCCUCACAUACCUGCCUCCGCGCAGUUAACGCCGUGGGGGGCCGCCCAGUCAAUCAGUUUUUCGGGUUCCGCCUGCGGGCAGGAAGCGGAGGAACCUUGGAGCUCUUUGGCAGCUUUUCAAAGAACUUGGCAAGACUGCAGCAGCACAUUGACUAUAGAAUGAAAUGCAUCCUACAGGAAGGCAGAAUCUUCUUUGGCGCCUUUAAGGCGUUUGACAAGCAUGUGAUUUUUAUCCUCUGCGAUUGUGGUGAGUUGAGAAGGAUCAAGCCAAAGAAUGUGAAGCAACCAGAAAAAAAAGAAAAGCACUUUUGGGGUCUGGUGUUGCUGCAUGGGGAGAACUUGGUAUUCAUGACUAUGGAGGGGCCACCCCACAAAGAUGCUCGGGUACCACUUGCUGGAGCUGCAGGAGGCCCUGGCGUUGUUAGGGCAGCUGGUAGAGGAGUAUCAACUGGUGUAUCAAUUUCCCAGGCUCCUGCUGGAUUAGCAGGCCCUGUCCUGGAAGUUGAGGAACCAUCCCAGCAGGUAAUGACUCCACAGAGAAGCAUUACUGGAGCCCCAACACAAUACCCACCAGGACUGGGGACUCCACCCCCACCUGUUGGCAGAGCAGCCCCACCUCCAGGCAUUAUGUUUCCUCCACCUGGUAUGAAACCACCCAUGGGCCUACCAAUUGGGCCUCCCCUUGCUGGAGGGAUGUCAAUAGGCAUGCCCCCUCCAGGAAUGAGACCCCCUCCACCAGGAAUGUAUCCGCCAAGACCCUAG